UAUAUGGUGAAGUCUUUACCCUGGAAAGCGACAGAGGGCGGAAUAAGGAGCACUCUGUACUUGAGGAACAAACAAGUCGCCUCUAAAGCAGGAAAUUAGAGUCGAACCCCAGCCUGGAAAAGAAAGAAAUUCCACAAUUCGCUCCUCCCUCUACACACUUUUGGCGGAGGAACCUGAAGAGCCUGUCUGGGCCUGUCAGCAGGUUCACUGGAGACAGACCUGAACUCUGCAAUGGCUCUGUUGACCCUGCAUAGGCUCCCCUCCAUCUCAGCCGCUCCAGAUGAAAGCCUCCAAAGAAGAGGGAGACUUCAGAAAAGGGAGAGCUUUGCCCUUGUGAAGGGUGCAGUCCUUCUGCUGGAAGAGGGCGAGAGGGUGGGCCUCGAUGAGGAGAAUUCUUCUGCUCCACCUUCUCCUGUGGAGGAAGGUGGACCUUCUCCUGUGGAGGAAGGUGGUAAAGCGCCAGACACACGGCACAAACACGUUCAUGCCAUGGUUGAACAUCUCCGACCAGAAGACACCAUCAAACUGGCGGUGCAGUUGGAGUCCGUCAGCCCGGUCAGAGUCAGGUAUCUGAUCGUUGUCUCCACCCUCGGCAACAAACAAGAGAGCAUCCUGCUGGGAAUGGAUUUCCCCAGCUCAGACAGCGAUCAAUGCACCAUCGGCCUGGUUCUACCCGUGUGGAGCGACACACAGGUGUAUCUGGACGGAGACGGUGGUUUUAGCGUCACCACAGCUGAGGAGACAAGAAUUUUCAAGCCUGUUUCCAUGCAGACCAUGUGGUCGGUGCUGCAGGUUUUGCAUGGCUGCAGUGAGCGGGCGGUCAAGGCAGCAGUGAUCCCAGGAAACGGCCUGGAGUGGGCUCAGCACUACCACCAGCACAUCGAGUCAGACCGCUUCUGCCUCAACGAGUGGGAGGCCAUGAACGACUUGGAGUCAGUCCGCAAGGACAGCAAUGGACAUAGCUCAGCAGACAGAGUUUCCAAUGAGAGUCUGAUCAAAGAGCACCUGAGAGACAUCAUGAGGACUGAAGACCUGGACAACCUCACGUCUAAAAUGGUGCACACUGCCCUGGAGACCAGGAUAGGCUUCGACAUGAGAUGCUACAAGGAGUACAUUGACAAUGAGAUCCUGGUCACCAUGGCUCAGAUGGACAAACCCUCCAAAAUAUUUGACUACCUUUACCUGGGCUCUGAGUGGAACGCAGCUAACUUUGAGGAGCUGCAGAAAAACAAUGUGGGCUAUAUUCUGAAUGUGACGAGGGAGAUUGACAACUUCUUCCCAGAGUCUUUCACUUACAUGAACAUCAGAGUGUACGACGUGGAAGCCACCGACCUGCUCCCUUACUGGACGGACACGUACAACUUCAUCAACACUGCAAGGAAGAGUGGACAGGCAGUGUUGGUGCACUGUAAGAUGGGUGUUUCUCGCUCUGCAUCCACCGUGAUUGCCUACGCCAUGAAGCAGCAGCACUGGCCACUGGAAAUGACGCUGAACUACGUUAGGGAUCGCCGGUCCAUCGUCAAGCCCAACAAAGGCUUCAUGAGGCAGCUGCAGACCUACAGCGGCAUCCUCAGCGCAAGCCAGCAGCGUCACAGUGCACUCUGGAGGCGAAAAUCAAGAGACCAAAGACAAAAGUCACAAUGCAAGGAGGAGAAAGGAGAAGAAGGAAAGGCAGAAGAGGAAGAGGAGGACGAGGAUGAGGACGAGGGACUUGAAGAUUAUGAGCCUGAUGAUGAGGACGAUGUAGAGAGUGCAGAUGAGAAAGAUGAUCCAAAAGAAGAAACGGAGGUGUUUGAGGAGCCCACCGCCCAGUCUGACACCGACCAGGGGCCCGGGCAGAGCGGACCGCCUCCUCUUAUCACAGUCAAUGAACCGGACAAGGUCCUAUCCAGUGUUAAUCGCAGCGGCAGGAUGAACCUCUUCUCCCUCAUGCAGUCCAUCAGUGAUGAGGAUAAAGGACGCGAACAGCUUCUCGGCAGUCCGAGGCACUCACGGAGCCAAGGGCGGCGGGGUCUGACUCACCAGAGAGCGUGUGUGGACGUUUCACCAGAACCUCGGAGCCUGCCGGACGCUGGUCAAAGCUAAGGUGAUCAAAGAGAAGGAAGAGCAGAGGGAUAAAGGAGGAAACAGAUGGUGAAGGAAAAAAAUCCUAAAAACACCUGAAGGAAAGUGUGCGCUGGUAACAUGCCAAGGUUUUUAUACACUGAUACGCUCUGGCUUUAUAUUUUAGAUUAUCUAGAUGAUAAAAGUUUUAAUUUCUGUUGCAUUGCAUAUCUCUCUUCAUAAAUAUUAUAGCUGAUGGUUGCUGUUGAUAAAAGGAUUGUGCUGUAAUAUUGCUAUACCAGUGAAAGCUAAGAUAUCUGAUGGCUGAAGUCAUUAUCAGUGGACAUUGUUGUAUUAUUAUGGUUUUUGUCAGUGUUUUUGAACAUAUCCUGUCACAUGCAGACGUAGCUGUCUCUCUGUAUACCCUCUUUCCUUCUUCAGUUCUCACAUCACCACUCUACAGAUGAUAUCUAUGCAAUUACUGUUCUCCCUCUUCUUCCCUCUGUAAAUAUGAGGCUGUAUGCUGCCAAUCCAAGGUAAACAUUUUAAUUAUUUUUCAUAUUCUCUGUCAUCAGAAGUCUUAUCAUUGACAGACGGGAGGAUUUCUCUAUAUCUAAGCUGUGCAUCAUGGACCAAGUCAGGGCCAGUUUUAUGGCACAAGCCUGUUUGCCAAACAUUGUACUUCAAUGUGCCAAAUAAUAUGAAAAUCUUAGUCAUGGCAGUAUAUUAAGAACCACUGUCACCUGUUUUAUUUUUAUUCAUCCACUUUUUAAACACCAGGGCUGUAUGAGUGCCUUCAACCUGAGAAUGAAAUACGACUCUGACUGGUGUUUUUAACGUUUUUACUACGAGGAGGCGGCUGCAUAUUGUAUGAAUCUUGUACUGUAUCUCCGAUUGCAGUAGAAAUGUUCCCAAAGUUUUGCAUGUAUGCAUAUAUAAUGCAGUAUAUUUGUCUCAACACAUAAUUGCUGGUGAGCUAGGUGCAUGUUAUGUGUUUUUAUACCAACAUGGGAGAGCAAAGUAUUCAGGGUUUUGUCAUGUAUUUAUAUUGACAUUUAGAGAUAAAAUACUGUUUUCAGACUUUUGAACACUGGUUGCUGAUGUGGAAUAUAUUCUUAUUUCAUGCUGGUGUUACUUCCUUUCCAGUGAACCCAAGUUAAACCUGCAUGCUUAAAGUUAAGGAAAACAUGCACUUUAUAAUCCCGCGACACACACUGUCCCCUCUGCCUGAGCCAACGUCACACUGUACUAUGAAUCAAAUGAUCAAUUAUUCUUUUUUUAAGUUCUGUCCACAUCUCUAUACCUUGUAGUGUUAAGCUCUCCACUGUCUGCACCUC